AUGCCGGAGGUGGCAGCCAAGGGCACUAGCAUUUCCAAGAAAGGCUUUAAGAAAGCGGUCACGAAGACUCAGAAGAAGGAGGGCCGGAAGCGUAAGAAGUGCCGUAAAGAGAGCUACUCCAUCUACAUCUAUAAGGUGCUGAAGCAGGUCCACCCCGACACUGGCAUCUCUUCGAAGGCCAUGGGCAUCAUGAAUUCCUUUGUGACAGACAUCUUCGAGCGCAUCGCGGUCGAGGCGUUGCGCCUGGAGGAUUACAACAAGCGCUCGACCAUCACGUCCCGGGAGAUCCAGACGGCCGUGCGCCUGCUGCUGCCCGGGGAGCUGGCCAAGCACGCCGUGUCCGAGGGCACCAAGGCCGUCACCAAGUACACCAGCGCCAAGUAA